UCACCAUGUGUUAUUUAGUAUGAGCUGUGACAUUUGACUAUGCGGCCGAUCAAGGCAAAGGUGGUUAGCCAUGAGAGCUACUAUGUAUGGCAACACUAGCCAGUGAGCGAAGCUCUAAGUGCAGUGAGAACGCGCAAGGUCUAUACACCCAGCCACUACCUCAUUGGAUUCGUCACUCAUUCCAUUUCAUAGCUUAUCUACGCAUUACAUUCUAUAAGUCUAAACAUACGUUUCUCCCAAGUGGGAUACAGGCCCACUCACACUUCUGUAUUAUUCAGGUUGAAGGUUGGCAAAAUGAUGUCACGGUCGUAAUUUUUGUUACAGUUUAUAGCUACGGUAGCUAACUUUGGACGUGACGUUAAACUAACGGAAUCGUAGUAGUCGGAGUAGUAGCGAAAUUAGGAAAAUUCCUCAGAAAAAAUCGGCUCGAGACAAGCAACAACUCCCUACAAGUACUAGUUAGGAAUAAACCUAUUCAAUUAGAAAAACUCUAAAGUAACAUGCGUUAGUGUAACCAAUAGAUAAAACUAUUCAAUCCGUACCUAAACUAUCUAAUAUUCAAUUAAGAUGUAUUAACUAGUAGUGUUACAAAAAAGAGAAAAGUAUAGGAUAUGAGUUAAGAGAACAUUUUUCUCUUAAAGGAGAAGAAAUAUCCUAGCUGAAAUGGUUGAUAGCUAUGUACCGCUGUAAACGUUUUUUAAAAAAAAAAAAGACGUUUUUCGAGGCAAUUAGUUUUGAUUAGAGUUUAUGAGAAAUUGCUGGUCUGGGUCUUGACGCAGCAGUUAGCAACAGGGUUUGCAUUUGAGGCAUGUGGGCGGUGUCAGCACUUGUCAGAAUAGGCCGAUUGGGCAUAUCGUGGUGAUUUGACAAAAAAAAGGAUUCUGAUUAAGUGAUUUGUAAGUGAAAAAAAGAAACUUCAUGAAACUCGGAUAUAUUAAAGAAGUAUGAAGAAGGCGGCGAAAAGACCAGGAAAUUUCGGAAUUUGUACAUGUGACGUAGUUUUGCCGAAUUCAAAAGUCACUUAGUUUCCAAGCUGUGACCAAUGUUCUACGAUAAGUAAAAAGAGAACCGGACAUUUUGCCGUCUUAGCAGGACUGGAUUGUAGGUGACGAGGGCCACCUGGAUCGGAUCGGCAUCGCACGGCCUAUUCUCUCAACUGCUUUGAUUUUUAAAGCGGUCUCAAUCCCCAGGGGGUGACAGCGCUAAGCAUAGCCAAGAUGGGUUCCUGCACACGGCAGCUGGAUUUCCGCACGGACUGUAUUCUUACGCCUAACUCAAAGCGCUGCGAGUCCCGUCGAAAGCUCAGCGUGCUGUCUCGUCUAUCGAUGCUUCAUUCGAAGAAGCAGGUGGCCAAUGCAGUAGCUUGUCUCGGCUUCGUCUGUCUUAUGCUCUAUAUUGUGCAGGUAGUCAUCUCGUUUGUGAAGCACUCAUCGGGGACCAGCAUGGCCGCGUUGGCCAGUACGCUCACUCUGUCAGUGCUGUUUCUGCCUGAGGAUCCAUUCUAUCCGCCGCUAAAGUACGGCUGGCGGCUGUUUACCGGGUUAGUCAUCUUCUGCAAUCUGUGUAACUUAUACGCCCUCCUUUUCAUCCACGACGUUGACACGUACUCACGGACCGUGCGAAGUGUGUUUCCACAGAGCAAUCAAGCGGUCAGCUUACGAACCGAGUACGGGGUCAACUGUGACCCCGUUACCUGGCAAAAAAUCUACACUCACCUCGACAUCUUUGCCGUCGCUCAUCUCGUCGGAUGCGCCUUUAAAGCGAUCAUCUUUCGCCAAUACGAAAUCUUAUGGAUAUACAGCAUCGUGUGGGAGAUGACCGAGUACUGCUUCGUGCAUCUGCUUCCGAAUUUCGCAGAGUGCUGGUGGGAUCGUAUCCUUUUAGAUGUUGUCAUCUGUAAUGGGUUAGGCUAUUAUAUCGGCAUGCAAUUCUGCAAAAUGAAUAAUUUACAUAUGUUCGACUGGCACUCGGAAAGGAUCAGCCGAAGACUGAUAACCUUCUGCUGUGUAUCUGGUCAGCGACGUAAGUCGCCAGAUGCUAUUUUCUACGAUAAGGACGAUCGAGGCAAGCGAAGAGAUCGGAUAGAGUAUGAAUGCCACAAAGCUAAAAAACCAUCCAGAGACCUAACAUGUCUUAUAAGCUCCACGUCCUCGAAGCACAUUGGCGUAAGUCCAGCAGCGAACGCAGCUUCGGUGGAGGAGACGGGAUCUGCCGGAAGACCAAGCAUGGAUCUUGCGCUAGCAAUCUUUCUCAGCUUAUUCGUCGGUCAAAUAUCAGAGCUAAACACAUUCCUGUAUAAGCACUUCUUCAAUAUCUCGCCGCACGCCCACCUAAUGGCGGCGAGGACAACGUUGUGCGCUGUGAUUCCCAUCCCUCUCAUCGCCAACCUGUUUGCCAUGACGCGGGGUACGCAGACGCUUUUAACGCACUCAAAGUUCGUGUUAUUAUUGAGUAUCACGGAUACAUUAUUCUCAAUAAAAUUUGGCCUGAUGACGUUUCCGUUUUUAGACUUCUUCAUGGUUUCGUUAUGGGUCUCAGCCAUGAUCAUUUUGACAUUCAUAUGUAUCGUUGCCCGCAGCGUUCGAGCAGUGUUCUGUCGCGAAGAUUGCAGCUUGUCUGCGAAACAGUCAACAGCGGUUAUGUACAAAGUCAAGUAACCGAGUUCUUUUUGAUUAGUUUAAUAAUAAUAAUAAUAAUAAUGGAAUAAGUAUAAAUAAAAUAAUAAUACUAUUAAUAUUAGAUAAAUGAAUAUAACUGUCGCUGCUAUCACUGUUUAUCAGGCACCGAGCAGAAAACUGAUUAACGACGAUAUUCGGUAAUUCUAGCAAUGCCCUUAUUACUACUCUAAUGAAUAUAUAUAUAUAUAUAUAUGGAUAGAAACCACUAACUUAUGGCCGAUGAGGCGUGGUCUUCCAAAAGCGACGAACUGGAAGAUAAACUGUUGUUUCACUUUACCUGAUUCAGUCUAGAAGUAUUUGAAGUUAUACAGUUUCGGCAACAAUAUCUAGUCUUGAUGAAAAGUCUAAAUCGAAAAGUUACGGGUUAUCUGCUACCCGACUGCCGCAGUUCCGUGUAAUAUGGCGCUCCUCUAAAUAAAGGUACCUGUAUGAAGGAUUCGUUGUCGUUCGUCGCCGCUGGACAUGGACGUCCCAUCGAUCCGAUCCACGCAUCACUAGAAAAACAAUAAUAACAACCAAUACGGUAAUAUUCUUGUAUUAUUGUUGUACGCUUGUAAAUAUUGCUCUCCGAGAGAGAUCCGACUCUAGCAGUGAUAGUAUUUGUUUAACGGCAUCUUCAUUCAACGAAGAAAUGAAGAAAACAAACGAGAUGCCGACGAGAACGCGCUCGAGAGAUAUAAAUAGUGAGAAGCGAAACAUAAAAGUUUAUGAACAUAGAAGUAAGAAAUACACUAUUUUCAUCGACCCGCUUCAGAAUGUCUAGACUGCUUAUGCUAGAUAAUAACGACAAUGCCUAUGAAACGACGAUACAUGAACGAUGAUGGCGAUGGUAUAAUAAUAGAAAUAAUUAUAAUUAGCGACACACUGUUUCGCUCAAUGAACACGAAAAAAAAAUUACCAACAAUUUAUGGAGAAAACAGAUAGAGGUCAGAGCAAAUGUGGUACGUCGUUGGGGCAGCAGCCGCACUAGUCCGCGGCGAUAAUAGGAAAAAUGUGCUAAUAAUAAAAGAAAAACAGAGCAGGCUAACGUUCGUAUAUGUACGUAAAUACUCGUAAAUAAUUCAUAAAUAUCCAUGAAAAACCUGACCCAUAAAAGAAGGAACAGAAACGCCUGCGGGGUGGUUACCUAUUCUCGCAGGAAUCUAUCGAAAUUGGGGUUAGAAACAAAGGUUGUUGUUAUCAUUAUUAUUGUAAAGAUACGGCUGGUAUUACGAUACAAGGACAAGAUAUGUGAAGUUAGGGCAAAUAUUGGAACAGCGCAUAACAAGAGUAGAACCUGAAUCGCCGCCUGUAUUGUAAUUGUACUAGAAAAACAUCGGGAGAUGCAACUGGAUUUACAGUAUACGAUCUGCCACGCGUCACUAAUGGAAAUACCGGCGGCAAAUCGAAAAGGAGAUGUCAUCAAAGUCGCCAAAAAUAUGUACCCCAUUACACAACACCGCCAUGAAGAGAAGCGGCGAGAGAGAAAAAAAAAAA